CAUACCAGAAAAAAUAUGUCAUCUUCUUCACAUCCUAUUGUCGUCACCAGCUCCCCUGAUGGCCCCAUUACUGCCUUUGAUGCAGCCUCAGGUGUCCAACUAUGUCACUUCUCCGGCAGCCGGUCACCUUGCCAUGGCCUUGCCCUUGUUGGAAGUUCAUUCAUUGCUGCCUCUCAUAUAUCUUCAGAGACGGCUUCUGGCUCUAUUCAUCUCUACAAUUGGUGGUCAUCAACAGCUUUGCAUAAUUUUCCUGUUCCUGAACCUGUUGCACCAUUAGCAGCUAGCCCUGAUGGCUUGUAUUUGUUUGCUGGUGGUCUUUCGGGUUGUAUAUAUGCUCUGUCAGUUCCUUCAGGGGAUAUACUCAGAUCAUAUUCUGCACAUAGCAAGCCUGUUUCUUGCCUCAGAAUAAUUGAAGAUGGGUCACUUCUCAUAUCAGGUGGCGAUGAUGGUACCAUUUCUUUUGUUCCAAUCUUUCAACUUGUUGCGGCAUCGCCUGAUCAGGAUUCCAGCAGCUUGAUGAUGCAGGGAUUUGUUGCGCAUCAUGGUUCAGUGACAGAAAUAGCACAGUGCAACUCUAGUAUAAUAUCAUGCUCGAUGGAUUGCACAAUUAAGUUUUGGGGACUGUUGGAUGGAACAAACUUGAGAACAGUGACAUUCCCAUGUGCAGUUAUGGGGGUAGCAUUGGAUCAAAUGGAGACAGAAUUCUUUGCUGCAGGUUCUGAUGGAUUCAUCUAUAAGGGGUCACUAAAUGUUGGAAGCAAAAAGCAUGUGAAUCGAGGCCGCGAAUUCAUCACCUGGCCUCAAAAGCAUGACGGUGGGAUUGUAUCUUUAGUGAUGAUGAGUGAAGGGAAGAAUUUGGUAUCUGCUUCAGAAGAUGGGCAAGUGUAUAUAUGGGAAAUUGAAACAGGUCAGGUCCUUGUGGGGCUUGGCAAUGAUAUGGGAUGUAUUAGUGACAUGGUGGUGGCCAAUGGUAUGGGGCAAGGCUUCAAAGUUGGUAAAAGGGCCAACAACUCCUGUGAUGAAUAUGGUGGAUUAAACGGGGUCGAGCUGAGCACAUCAUUGAAGGACACAUUAGACUUGGAAGAUGUGUUAAAGGUGGCUGCAAAAGACAGGACCAGAGCCAUCGAUAUGCUUGAGUCUGCAAUUUCAAUGUAUGAAAGGCUCUUAGAGCUCAUUCUCAAGGAAGCCAAGAGAGCUCCUGGCAGCAACAGUGAAAUAGAAAAGCAUGGAAAGUAA